AUGCGAUGCGCGAGCAAGGCCGCCGAGAGCGCGUCCGCACGUCUCUGCGCUGGUCAUGAAGACACUCAUGUCUUCACAGAGUAUGAUCUCGGUGUCUCGUACUCUCCUGAUACGGAAGACGGAUCCGUAUCGACGGCGAUCGAAUCCAAGCCGCCUGCCAAGCGUGGCAUGGAUGAUGCUUUGCGUCGCAGCAUCUUUGGUUCAUCUAAUGAAUCAGAUGAACUAUCGCCGAAGCGAAGGCUCUAG